AUGCUCGGUGGUCUCGAACCCAAAAAACCUCGUCGUGAACGGCAUCAGGAAACGGAACGCAUCCGCCGUUCGCGUAUCAACAACGCCGUCUCAGACCUGGCUGGACAGCUUGGCCUGAGCGACAAAUGCGAGCGUGCCGUCAUCCUUGAAGAAGCCGUCAAAGCCCUGCGCCGCCUCACCUUGGAGACCAAUGCCGCCCCUGUUUCGGGAUCAGACACUAGUCCCGAUGCCAAUGCUGGGCUUAGCCCAAGCGCAAGCCCCACCCACGUCAAAUCCGAGUUGAGCGACGGUGGUCCCUUGACUCGCUUCAUCCCGUUUAAUCGCACCGUAGCUGCUUCCGAUGCUUCCAUCAGUAGCCCUGACACCACACGUCCCUCGGCUUCAUCCUCCGCUUUGUACCACGUCACCACUGCAACAUCACGUGUCAACGCCGAAACCCAGACGGAGGCAUCAAACAGCCCAGUUGAUGCCGCCCUUGACUCCCUGGACGUGAUCCGCGAUCUUCGUACCCCAUGCUUUGAUCAGAUACCCAUCCUCGACGACCUUCCAUAUGCCAACACCACCUUUCCCCACAUGAGCGGUAAAAUCCUCUUUCGCGGCGUACGUGUUGUGUACGCCGACGACGCCAUGGCGGCCAUGUGUGGGGUUGCGAACCCUCAGCUUCUCCUGGGUCUCCGUUCUCUGGACUUUAUGGUCCGUGAUGAUAAGAUUGUCAGCGGCCUUGACCUCCUCGACUUUUUGUUUGGUGAUCGCCGCAAGAUGGUGUCUGUUGAGCGCAUGCGUCGCUUCGAUGGCUCUCUCAUUUGGGUGCGCUGCGAGGCCAUUCGAACCAGCGUCGACGUUGAUCACCUGCCUGAAGUGCUUUGCGACAUCAGUCCCGCCUCCCCUCCCUUUAACAAGUCCGCUGUAGUGAAGGUGCAGAUGAUUUAA